UACAGUACAGUCCAGAUGUAAGCGUACGCGUACGCUCAAGUUUCACACCUUUUUCUCGGAGGCGGUAGUUGUUUGUCUUUUGUUCUUAUUAAUUAUCUUGCGAUUAUAAUAAGCUAUUUUUUCUUCAAUAAUCUUUUGUUUAUUACGCGCAAGUUAAUGACUUACAAGACUCGCAAGAUAAUUAAUAAGAACAAAAGACAAACAACUACCGCCUCCGAGAAAAAGGUGUAAAACUUGAGCGUACGCGUACGCUUACAUCUGGACUGUACUGUAAUUUUUGAAAAGGCUUUCCAAUCCGGUCCUUAUGCUAGAGAUGGUCCUACCAAUGCUCUAUAAGCCUAUUCACCAAAAGGCUACAUGGACAUCAAGCUUUUUAAACAGUGGUGUGAAAAGCUGUUUAUUCCUCAGACAAUACUGUUGAUUUUGGAUGGCCACAGCUCUCGUCUCGACAUAUGUACUGUUUGCCCCCUCACACAACCAAUAUACUCCAGCUAUUGGAUGUGUUGAUUUUCAAGCCUCUAAAGGUGCAUUUCUCAAAGAUAACAGAUAAUUUAAAGCUUGUAACCAUGGGCCACACUGUUCCACUGUGUGUAAAACGAAUUUCACUGCGAUAUUUAAGGCAGCGUUUGAAGAUGGACAACAGACAACAGCAUUUUUUUUUUAUUUCGUCCUCUCCGAAUGAAAACAAUACUGCAACCUCCACAACACCAGCAGUACCAGGUUCUUCAACAGGCGCAUCUUUUAAUUCGUUGCCCGGUGGUUCUUUUUUCUACACCAGUAAUACCUUCUACAGAUGCUUCUACUCCAUCGCCCUCGUCGAUUGCAACAACACCAACCAAUCUUCUCACUGCAGCAAGCCCUUCACCUCCACUCCAACAAAACCUGUAAAUCCUCACGUUGCAGCAGGUAUUAUCCCAGCGUCUUCGAUUGAUGCCUUUAUCUUUCCAGCGCCAAAGCCUAACAAACAAAAGAACACCAGGAAUAUUACUAAGGCGAGAGUUCUCACAAGCGACGAGCAUCGACAAUCGUUUCGAGAGAAAGUGGAGAAGAAAGAGUUGGAAGAGAAGGCAACAGAAGAAAGGAAAAAGGAGAGAGAAUGAAAAAAACUAAGUAAAGAAGCUCUGCAGUCCGAAAAGAAAGGUAAAAAAGGGUUAUGUUGAAAACCCAAUCUGUGCGACAGAAAAGAACAAUGAUAUCGUUCGAAAGUGAUGACAGCGAGUUGGAUGACAGCCAAGAAAAUAAGAUAGUUGAAGAGACGGAGAGUGAGUACGAAAGUAGUUGCGAGGAAGAAUUUGAGAGUGAGACGCACUGUGCUAUCUGUAAAAGGUCGAACCCACCAGUCGCUUGCAACAAAAUCAUCUGGAUUGGCUAUGAUAAGUGCUUGGCAUGGUUCCAUGGCAUUUGUGCAAGAACUACAAAGACGGAAUUGUCAAGUGACACAUGUUUAUGUUACAGUUAUCAAUUUGAAUAAAAAAGGAAAAUAAAAAAUCUUGCUUUUUUAAUGUUUUACCAUUUCCUGCUAAUGAUCUGUAACGACUAAAAAAUAUUUUGUUAGGUCAAUUUUUACGUGUAAUUACAGACACUCAAAAGUAAUGUUUAAACAUUCACUUCCAGUAGGAAUAAAUACAAUAUACCUGCUGCUGACCCUCUAAAUACAAAAAACAGUGUGUCCGUAAUUAAACAUAAGUGCUCGGCUAAAAACAGCAAUCGUGGUGAGACAGGUCCAAUAAUCAUCAUUCUCGGCUUAACGUCCGUUUUCCAUGCUAGCAUGGGUUGGACGGGGUAUAUUAAUGACCCUCUUCCAAUCUGAUAUAGACUGUGUUAGAUCUAAACUCAACUUCCUCUGUAUCAAGUCUGUCCUUAUAACCUCCUGCCAAGUCUUUCUCGGUCUGCCUCUGGGCUUUGUGUUCGGAAAAAUGGUUCCAACGUAUAGCCAAUAGAUGAAUCUCCCGUUUAGAGCCAUGGGUUCAUUAUUUCGAUGGAUUUUGUUGCGGUAAGACGCAGAAGAACAUAACAGUAUCCGUAAUUGUCAGUUUAUACGCUAUAUAUGCAUUGGAACAAUAAAAUUAAAGGUUACCUCUCUUGAAAAUAAAGUUAACUGCAUAUUAAAGAUCUUGAUAGGUUGUCUAGGAAUUUAAAAUUGAUUGGUUCUUUAGAAUUAAGACUAAGAAGAUUCACUAAUUAUGCAUGAUGUCAUGAGUAUGCUCUGCGUAGGUGCUAUAUUUAACUUUUUUGACAAGCCAUAUAUAUAGAGUUUUAAAUGUUUUUUUGCCGUUCACUUUGACGCGUUUUAAACAUUUUACAAAAAUUUAAAAAUUUAGUUACCAUAAUUAUGCUCAAUGCUAACUCAUGACGUCAUAAUUUUGCAUAAUUAGCACAACUUUUAAAGGGGCUACAAACUGGUUAAAAUGCUCACAUUCCGUAUAUCCCGUGCACAUAUUAAAAAUCUGGCCAACGCGUUUUGCGCAAUAAAAAACAGACCAACGCACUUUGCUCGCUGGUUCAAUAUUUUUUUCCGAAAAGUAUAUUACAAAGAAAUUUUUCAGCAAGACUCAUUCUGGAUGAAAACAUGACCAAGGCUGGAGAAGAUAAAAGUUCUAGAUAUAUCUAUGUUCGAGUCUGUAAAUUACAUACAUGCCGAAAAAAUAGCCAUUUUUGUUUUUUGCCGCCUUCAGCUUGACUUUCGUGUAAGUCACUAAAGUUGAAAACCAACAGCCGUUCCGUAGCCCCUUCAAUACAAAGGAUCAAGAAUCUUUUAUUUGUGCUCAACUUUAUUUUUCGCAGGAGGUAACCUUUAAAAUGUUCGAAAAGAACAACAUUAUCAUCAAAUUUUAUUUUUGUGUAUUUAUAGUUAUUUUGACAAAAUAAGCAUUAUUUGUAGCUUUUUCAUGGAUUAGUUUUUUUUUGAAGAAUUCCUUGUAAUUUAAAUUAACUGGACCAACUCGCCUCAUGUGAACAGCCCUUUAGUUAUUAGUAUUAUAUUCUCGUCCCUGAUUAUUUUUCCUAAAUCAUUAACAUUACGAAUAUAAUAUAUUUCGUAAAACAAUGUUACAAAAUUGCAUUGAUUUUUCAAAAGUUGGCAACAUUACAGUGUUUUUCUUGCAUUUAUUUGGCAUAUUUUUUAUCUGCAUAAAUAAUAACUAUUAUUACUUGUGCAAAUUUGCCAUUAUGUUUUCAAAACAGCUCGGGCAUGUGAUA